CAUAAAGGAAGAGGGCGUUAUUAAUGGGUUAUGUUUAGAAUCAAGACAUAAAGCUACUGAUGUUACAAUGUACAACAGAUACAAUAAAACAAUCAAUAGCUUCAAGACACAGAACUUAAAGUAUAAAUGGGGCAUUCAAUAAUCUAGUGAUUCAUUUUAUUAUUGUUUUUUCUGCAACCAAUGUUAAAACGAAGACGAAAGUAAGCGGCAGGAAACAUUUCAUUGUCCGUUUCUCCUCCUGUCCCUUUAAACGCAUUCGGCUCUUUCCGGACAGAAUCGGCUGCCGCUCGUCAACGUCUCCUUUCACUGCGGCUCCAUCGCUGUGCGAACUGGCCCGUCGCUGCUCUCAUCCGAGACAGUCGGAUCUAACCAAGCUCCAUAGGCGGCUCCGCCAAAGCCUUCAGCUCCAGCACAAAUGCAGGCGAUCAAGUGUGUGGUGGUGGGCGACGGUGCUGUGGGUAAGACCUGUCUGCUGAUCAGCUACACCACCAAUGCCUUCCCUGGUGAAUACAUCCCCACUGUCUUUGACAACUACUCUGCUAAUGUGAUGGUUGAUGGGAAACCAGUGAAUCUGGGCCUCUGGGAUACAGCAGGACAGGAGGACUACGACAGGCUCAGACCACUGUCUUACCCACAGACGGUACUCAAUUCAUGCUCUCUCCCCUCUCGCUCUCUCUCUCUCACACACACACACACACAGGCACAUGCAUACACACACACAGACACAAAAACACACACACUUAGACCUCGCUCUCAACUAGCCGUGUUUCUGAUUCUCUCCCAGGAUGUGUUCUUGAUAUGCUUCUCCCUGGUCAGUCCGGCCUCCUUUGAGAACGUCCGUGCUAAGUGGUACCCUGAAGUGAGACACCAUUGCCCCAACACACCCAUCAUCCUGGUGGGGACUAAGCUGGAUUUGCGAGAUGACAAGGACACCAUUGAGAGGCUGCGAGACAAGAAGCUUUCUCCCAUCACCUACCCGCAGGGCCUGGCCAUGGCACGAGAGAUCGGGGCAGUGAAGUACCUGGAGUGCUCCGCUCUGACCCAGCGAGGCCUCAAGACAGUAUUCGACGAGGCCAUCAGGGCCGUGCUCUGCCCCCCACCCGUGAAGAAGAGGGGCAAGAGGUGCACCAUGUUCUGAGGAGGAGCCACUGCUCCAACAACACAACGCAACACAACACAACACAACACCACAUCACCAUGACAACAACUACUACUUCUCUGAGGGGAUGAGAGGGAAAAUUAGUGUGAGAGAGAGAGAGAGAGAGGGGGAGAGGGAGAGGGAGAGGGAGUGCUGCUGGGAUGGAAUUCUUGCUAAUGAUGUUUUUUCAAAGGCGAUAUUGGAAAACACGACCAACACUUAAACACCUUUUUUGUACCAUUACUAAAUAGUGCGUGGGUUCAGUAAGACGUUGACAGUCCGCCUACUUUAUAGACAUAGAACCACAUCACGUUGCCAUGAGGCUGAUGAGAGGUUUCUAUUUCUGGUCUUCACACCGGAACAUCUUGCCUUUCUCAGCCCUACUAGCUUGAAUUUGUGCCGUGACGAUAGAGAGAAUGUGAAGAAUAGAAACAGUCUCUAGAAGUUACCCUUAGCUUCUCUUCCAUGAUCAGUAUCAAGAUAUAAAAUACUACUGGCCACAUUUUUCAGUUCAUCACAAGUGGGAAAAUGGAGGUUCCUCCAGUUUCUUGAAGAUGUUUGAGCUGAGCUUAAUCUCAAACUCAUCUGGUCCAUCUGAUUAGACCACUGCACUGGUCCAAGUGAAAGACCAGUAUGGUCAGUACUGUGCAAAAGUUUUAGGCGGCUGUAUAUACAUAUACCACAUUAAUAUUUUCAAGCAUUUAAAAGCCAAUACAGCAAAUCAGUCAUUCGCUACAACAUUCAACCUGUUUUGGGCCUGUCACAGGUCAGACCGCCUGUCCCGGCAGAGCAGGUCCAGCAGCAUGCUGCUGUCAAAUACAACAACAACCUUUUACAUAUUCCACAGUUCAGUGUUGUAUAGAAUUUUACAUUUGCUUUAAAUACUUAAUAAAAAAGGUAGUAAGAAGAGGGUAUUUUGUACAUGGCCACCUGUAUUUUGGCACAGUGCACAGUCAGAGGACAAACAUCUUCAGAAACACAGGACAAGUCCGUUCAUCAACUAAACUCCUGACAGCGAAAACAACAGAGAACCUUCACAGAGGAAUCUCUAGGUCAGGAGAACACGUCUUUUUCUUUUUACACUCUUUACUUAACAAGAAUGUCUUUGCAUCAUUACUGGGUUAACACUGGUUUGUUUUGAUGGAGAGCAUGCACGUGGCUGUUUUAGUUGUUAAUAACCAAUAUUUUGUAACAUUUUAUUGUUUAAAUUUAAAACUCAACUCAGUUGUUUUUCUGCUUUGGACAUGAAUCUGAUCUAAGUCGGCGUCUUGGGGUAACUUCAUCCAACUGUGAACAUGUGACAGAAUAGCAUGCCAAACGUGGGGGCUGUGCAACCUUGCUGCCUGAGUUCUGCCUGGGUGGGUGGAAGAGCUUGCAUGGGUCUUAAAAUAUUCCGUCUUAAUUUAUCCCAUUUAGAUCUUCACCUCAUUCCUCUCCUGUGUGUGUAUGUGUGUGUAUGUGUGUGUAAGAGAGAGAGAGAGAGAGAGAGAGAGUGUAUAUGUGUGGACAAGCACCUGUUGGUAUCAGUGAGACCAGUGUUGUUAGUCAGUUUGGGAUAGUUCAUAAAAGACAGUAUUGUUUUCAGCCAACUUUUUAGUGUCCAGUUUUUUGGUACUAUUUCAUAUUGUAUUGUAGGAAAAACACAAUACUUUUCAGCACUCUGUGGACAUAAAGAAGUGAAAAAAAAAUCGCAAAGGGUAUCAACGACAUCUUGUGAUGUACAGAAUAAUCCUUAGAGGAAAAAAAAGAAUGCGUUAUGAAUAUCUAUCUACAUGUACCUAAAUAUUUAGCUCUUAAAGUUCAACCUAAAGGUUGCUCAUGUUGAAGUUUAGAAGUGUUGCUAACAGUGUAACCAUAAAGGCGCAGAUCGCGGUGAGGGCUAACAGCACAGAUUGCGCCUUUAUGACAUGCAUUUCUGUAUGGUUGCAGGCCCGCGGUGUGACUGUCGCCCUCAGGUGGUGACACGCAGCACCGUGGGCCGUUCUUUGACGCUGUCUUUGGUUGGCCUAGCAAAGUGUGUGGUUGAAUCAUGUCCUGUGGUCCUGCCUAGCUGAGGUGUUGACAUGUAGCUGAGAAGUGCAGCAAAAUAAAAAAACAAAAGAGUAGAAAAUAAGUCAAAAAGAUAACUAUUGCAUGGAAGUUCUCUGGUUAUUUGACCCGCUGUAAUUCUUAGAGAGAGGUUGUGCAAUGAAAUGCAUCGGCCAUGUACGUAUGUAAUGUAAGACGACUUGUACACUUGUUUUAACUGUUUGUCUUAUUUUUUAUGACUUCACGUUUGUGUGGUGAAAUAUUUCAAUUUUUUGUAUACUAAAUAAAAAUGUCUAUGUAAAGCA